AUGUCGCUAACCCGGUCCCUUGUCCGCCGCGCCCAGGCGGCGGCGGGCUCCGGCGUCGUCGGCGUCGUCCCGUGUCUCGCGGCGCUCGGACUGGUGCUGCUCCAGGCCGGCGCCGCCGUCAAUCUCUGGAACGCCCGCGAGCGAGGACAGUUCAACUUCUCGCCGUCGUCGAGCCUGGCCAUAUCCGAGAUGCUCCGCUUCGCCGGCGCCGCGUUCCUGCUGAAGCGCGAGAUCCGCAAGCGCGCCGGCGCCGGCGCCGAGUACUCGUGGCUCGGCAGCAGCACCUCGGCCGAGGCGGAUGGCGACGCCGAGUACGGCCCGUCGUCCGGCAGGUUCGUCGCCGCCAACGAGAAGCACUCGCUGGGCGCGCGAAUCAGCGGCGUCAAGGCGCUCUGGCGCUACGUGUGGGGAGAGCCAGACGUCAGGUUCGCCUUCAUGAGGGUGGCUCUGCUGCAGAUGCUCAGCAACAACCUGAUGUUUGUCAACUUGCUCGCGGCCGAUCCCGGCACCGUCCAUCUGACCAAGAGCGGAAUCGCCGUCGGCGCGGCCCUCGUCACGGCACCGGCCUUCGGCUUGAGGGGCCCCAAGACAUGGUGGAUGGCGUUUCUCAUCCAGACGUCCGGCCUCGUGCUGUCCCAGUACCUCCCGCAGCAUCCCACGAGGGCGUCGACGUACCCGCUCAGGCUGUACACGAGCCUUGUGGCCCAGGCGAGCUUCAGCGCUCUGUCCGACAUCUACGGCGAGAGGCUGCUGAAGGGCAUCGACCUCGGCGCGAACGGCGCGAGCGUCGUGCUGGGCGCGAUGGGGGCGGUCCUCAACCUCUUCGUGCACGUUCUUGUCCGCCAUCACAACGUCUACGAGCCCGGAUUCUUGUACGGCUACGACGGCAAAGCCCUCUCGGUGGUGCUUCUGGGCACCACCGUGUCUAUGGUGAGCACCGUUGCGUACAAGAGAGUCGGUGCGUCGACCCGAUGGCUCACUAACGAUGUGACGGCCGUGGUCCUCCUCUUGACGUUUGCAUUUUCCUAUUCGACGCGAUAUAGCAACUUCGUCAUCCCCGGCACGGCCCUCAUUUUCAUCGCCACCCUGGCAUACAUGAAGUUCGCACCCGCCAAGGACCACUUCGCACCUCCAGUGGAGUACAGGACGCCCGGCUCCCCGCCGUCCGGGUCUCUCAAGAAGCUGAAGCUCGGCCUGUUGGCCGUUGCCGGCGUCACCGGCGCGGGGAUCGUACCCUUCGCAACGGUGGCCGAGCCCCCGCACACUCCCGAAUACAGGCUCUACAUGCGAGACGACACCGAGGGUCAUUGCCUCAUGCCCCCGGCGGAGAUCAUCCCGCCGUUCACGGAGAGCAAGGAGCCGUACAAGAUCACGAACGGGGCGGGCAACCUCUCGGCGUCGCCGUUCAGCAACACGCUCGCCAUGAUCCGGUGGAACUCGAAGCGCACGGAGCGGGUGCCGCUGCUGAUGAAGUACGAGCCCUUCUUCCACACGGUGCACGUGUCGAUGCCGGAGGUGAUGGAGGACAAGCCGGCGGACUACCACAACCUCACGCACUCGCAGUACCCGCACCACGAGACGGUGUACAUGCAGGUGGCGCGGACGAUGAAGCUCGUGCUCGACUCGCAGCCCGAGAUCGAGGGCCUCUUGUACUUCCACUUCGACUCGUGGAUCGACCCGAUGGCGUGGGUGGACGCGAACCGCGAGUCCAUCUGGUUCCCGACGACGCACAACACGCGGCAGACGAGCGGGGCGGCGUACGGGCCGCGGUACAUGUGCAUGACGGACACGGAGGCCUACCCGGACUGGUGGCGGUGGUCGCUGAAGCUCGACGAGAUGGCGGUGGCGGCCAACGGCGAGGUGGCCCGGAUGAACCGCGGCUACGCGGUCGAGGAGAGGGAGUUCUGCGUGGGGUGGUCCGACAUCUUCUACGUGCCGCGGCGGUUCUUCGCCGACUUCGUCUUCCUGUCGCACGUGUUCGGGUGCGCGGACCUGUUCCACGAGGUGGCGAUCCCGUCGAUGCUCAACAUCAUCGACCGCAGCCGGCGCAGCGGCGCCGCGAGGUACCAGCCGGUGAUCGAGCGCAUCGGCGACUGCUGGGGCGGGUGCUGCGACGACUCGGCCACGGCGCACGACGUCAAGUGGACGCGGUGCGGGCACCGGCUCAACUACCUCGACCAGGAGGUCGUCGACGCGCACUACGGCCGCCUGGACGAGGAGGCCGCCUGGCUCGGCCGGACGGCCGCGGGGGGCAAAAGCCGGAAACGAGGGGCGUUGGUCUGA